AGACGCGGAACAUGCUUUCAGAUUUAACGCAUCUGCGCUGGCUGGAAAGAAGUUGAUAGCAAAGCAGUAUCUUUUCAGUUGCGAUUUAGCAGCCGGUAGUGUGGAUGAAGGGUGUUUUGCAUUCAAAGACCAUUAAAUUAUCCGAAGUGGAGGGUUAGAGGGGAGCAGUGCGCAUGUUCAGUACUCCAGAGUUGUGCUGUUUUUCCCCUACUACGCAUUCCUGCGGCUCUAUAGUAGAGCAGCUUCGCUCAUUGUUGCUCCUUGGAGCAAUUAAUGCAUAUGUAGUUCGUGAAAUCAUUGGGCUGCUGGAAACGUGAUGUAUUAAUAUGGUUUGUAGCCCUCGUACGAAGCUUUGGACGUGCCACUCAUCUAAGAGGAGCACACACAAAGGGAAUUAAGCCACAAAGACGAAGUUUAAACAGCGGUUUAACAGCGAAGCAUUCCGAGUUCCCGCAGGAGCGGGGCGCGUACGGCGCGUUUCAGCCUGCCUGGGAACUGCACGGAUUUUUAGAUUACAACAUGUGCUGCAUACCAAGCUUGGCCGUCUGUGCCUAGAGACAGUGACAGCAUUGACUUUAAAAUGUUUCAGUCGCCUUAGGUGUAGUUGCAAUAUCAGGCAGUGAAACAGAGGAUGAUGACACUAUGGAGGUCCCACUGGAUCUUUCCUCAUCUGCUGGCUCAGGCAAACGGAGGAGACGUGGCAACCUGCCCAAGGAAUCUGUGCAGAUUCUUCGGGACUGGCUAUAUGAGCACCGAUAUAAUGCUUAUCCUUCAGAGCAAGAAAAAGCGCUGUUAUCCCGACAAACACACCUUUCCACACUACAGGUCUGCAACUGGUUUAUCAAUGCACGCCGCAGGCUUUUACCUGACAUGCUGAGGAAGGAUGGCAAAGACCCAAAUCAGUUCACUAUCUCGCGGCGAGGGACCAAGCUUCCCGAGGGCGGCCUGGUGGAGUCUUCCAUCAGCACAAAGAACUACGUUCCCUUGCUGGAGGAGACUGCCUUCCUUCCCACUGCUGCACCAGUCGGCAAGACUGUGUCCUCUUCCAAGCCGGCUUCCCCGGGAUCGGUCCUGGCUCGGCCGUCGGUGAUUUGCCACACGACUGUGACUGCACUGAAGGACGCCCCUUUCCACUUUUGCCAGCCAGCUGAUGUAGGCCAGACCACGGACCUGCAGCAGCCCCCGGCCAACGGCUUCACAGACAACUCCCUCUCCUACCAUGAGGAUGCCUCUAAACUGGGACCUGGUGCAAACACACAAAGUGGGCUCUUUAACACUCCUCCUCCAACCCCACCAGACCUUAACCAGGAUUUUAGUGGAUUUCAGCUACUGGUGGAUGUUGCACUCAAAAGGGCAGCAGAGAUGGAGUUGCAGGCGAAACUUAUGGCCUAAAUCCCUUUCCUUCUCCUUCCCCGUUUUGUUUUUCCAGGCAGGGAUCUAACAGCUGUGUGGUUAUUGCCACCCACACAAUAUCAAAAGACUUCACUGCAUUAUUAUUAUUAUUUUUUUUAUUAAUCUUAUUUGCACAAGGGAUUGCUGAAAUGAAGCUUCCUGUCACUGAGAUGGUCUUCAGUGGAAUAUGGUCAUUCCAAGAAUUAUAAAUUUAAAGCUACUGUAGAAAGAAAGGGUUGUGUGGUUUUUUUGUUUUGUUUUGUUUUUUUAAUGUUUUCUUUGUAGGUUUUUCAUAAUGUGAGAUGGUUCCCAAGAUCAUGUGAUUUGUUUUUGUUUCUUUCAGACUGUGCAAUAUCUAGUAAUGAUAUAGAGUCUUAUUAUCAUUCCCAUGCGGAACAGAAUAUACCGACACGCUGUCUAAAAUAAAUUUUCAAUUUUUUUAACAAUAUGAACUUUGGAUGAUUAUGCUUUUUUCCCAUAAUGUAAUAAAAUAUUUUCUUUAAAAA